AUGCGUAACCACGAGAAGAAGUUGGCUGAAAUACAAAAGUACAAAGGGACUUUAACUCCUCGUGCAAAGGCUGAGCUUGAUGCUCGAAAGCGCAUCUCUUAUGAUUGUCAGAUUUGUCCAGCGGGAAAAGGAGAGUAUGAGGUAGACCAUGGAAGAAAAAAAUAUCGAGUUAAUGUCAGAGGCAAUCUUUCAUGUGCUUGCAGACAAUAUGAUAUAAGUGGAAUUCCAUGUGCUCACAUCAUCAAARCACUUCGGGAAGAUAACAAAAACAAUAAACCAGAGUCGCACGUUUCGGGUUGGUUUAUGGCUUGUAGAUGGGAUGAGUGCUAUGAAGAGGGUUUAAAAGGAAUGAAUGGGAUAGAUAUGUGGCCUAUAACUAAAGAUGUUGUGGUCUUGCCUCCAAAAGAUAAAAUUCCAAGGGRAAGACAACCAAGCAAUAAACGCAUACUUGCAUCAUGGGAAAAUAAGCCAAAGCAUAGUAAAAAACCAAAAAUUCAAAUGAAAUGCAGCAAGUGUAAUUUAACAGGGCAUAACAAACAAACUUGUAAGAAUAAGAAUAAGGGGGCAGCUUCAUCAACAACUGCACCAAAAAAAGGCAAAGGAAGACCUAGGAAGAUUGUCGACGGCGCAAACGAUCUUUCACAAUCAGAUCGAGCCAUGGAAGCUAGUGAAUCAUAG